AUGGAUAGUCAGCAGUCGGGCGAUUCGAGCGGGACGGCCGUCGCAGUGGCGGCCGCCGCCGCUGCUGCGGCCGCCGCGGCCGCCACAGGCCGCAGCUCGAUGACGCAGCCGGGAGACUUUGCGGCCGCGGCCGCCGUGAUGUUUUCGCUGCAAAACACGAUGGUCACGAGCCUGCAGCAGGCCGCCCUGAUGCCGGCCAACUCGGCCGCAGCCGCCGCCCUCAACCUGCAGGCCCUCGAGUCGUACCUGACGCUGCAGCGGAUCACCAGCAAAUCGGAGGUGUUGCGGUUGACCACCGGUGCCGCCGCCGCUAGCCCUUCGCAGCGUCACCAACCGCUGCCCUCGAUGCCCAUCACUGGCCCGGGAGCGUCGUCCGGGAGUCUACUGGCGGCGUCCGAUGGAAGCGACUCGACGGACACGAUGGCGCAGGACGACACGGGCAUGUUCAUGGAUACUUCGGGGCCGCCGGCAAACGGCGGCGGAACGAGCGCCGGCCCGAGCACCAUCCAGCAGAUGCUGCUGCAGAGCACCGAGGAGCUACCGAUCCUGGACCAGGACGAAGAUCUCAACUUUGACGACGACGACGACGAGGGCGGUGGCCCAGAAUCCGAUGGAGGCAACUCGCUCGACACCGGCUACCCGAGCCUGCUGCUGAACGCCGCCUUCCACCAGCAGAUGACGGCGGACAAGAUGAAAACACUGGCCACGGUGGCCAGCGGUGGAGCGGCCACGACGACGGCCACCGCCACGGUCGCGACUGGGGCCAUCCCGAAGCCUUCGCCGGCCGCCGAUGCCGUGGUGGCCACUCCGGCCACUCCGGCGACCACCACCGGAAGUGGACAGCGGCCGAAGAAGCAGUUUAUCUGCAAGUUCUGCAAUCGGCAGUUCACCAAGUCCUACAACCUGCUCAUCCACGAGCGCACCCACACCGACGAGCGGCCAUAUUCGUGUGAUAUCUGCGGCAAGGCGUUCCGCCGGCAGGACCACCUGCGGGACCACCGAUACAUCCACUCGAAGGAGAAACCGUUCAAGUGCCUGGAAUGCGGAAAAGGAUUCUGCCAGUCGCGAACCCUGGCCGUGCACAAGAUUCUGCACAUGGAGGAGUCCCCGCACAAGUGCCCGGUCUGUAGCCGCAGCUUCAACCAGCGCUCGAAUCUCAAAACGCACCUGCUGACGCACACCGACAUCAAGCCGUAUCACUGCAUCGCCUGCGGAAAAGUGUUCCGACGGAAUUGUGACCUCCGGCGGCACAGCCUCACGCACAACCUGGGCGCCACCACCGGAGCGGGCGGGUCGGGCGCCGGUCCCGCCGGAGAUGGCUCGUCGACCGACGGAACGGAUGGGGCCGAUUGCGAGCUGAAAACCGUCGACCUAAUGGCCCUGGCUGGCGUCGACUGAGGAACUGAGGCCGCGACGCGAGGCCAAUCGUGCCAACAAACCUUGACAAAUGCGGCCGUCGGAGUGUGUGUGUGUGUGCGAGUAUGUGUGCUAAGAACGGUAUUUUGAGAGUCUGGUCUUUAGCGGGACACUGUGAGAUAAGAGAAUGUUAGCGUGUGAGUAAUUUAAUAGUGACUGAUAUGAUAGGAAGGUUCGUCGCUUAGCACUUUAGCACCGACGACAGCGGGCGUUGAAGUCUUUCGUUCCACGGGCCCCUCGGAUGGCGCAGAAAGAGCGCGCUCUAAUCUGACGACCGUCGGUCCUUCGCGGGAGGUUAGGUUUAGGUUAGCGCGGACGCGAAAACUGAUUAGACUUUCUGCUUAUACAGAGUACUUACGUAUUAAUAAUGUGUACAACGUGUCACCGUGACAGGCCAGUGCCACAGCAAUAUGAAUCGGUUUCUAGCCCGCCACUCUCGAGCUCGAGCUCGUGAUUAUGUCCGUCCCUCCGUCCUGUCGGUGGCACUUGAACUGGAACUUUAAUAUG